AUGGCGUCCAACGCCAGCCCUUCUCUACCGCAUCGGACAGUUUCGACGAUCCGGACGAGCGUCAGUGCGGGAACCGGCGUUGGGAGUGCCGGGGCCGCUGCGUCCAGCUAUAGGACGGGUGGCCAAGCUGCGCCGACGACGCCGGGCGGGGGACCGCACACCCCUGUGCGUACGACGCCGUCGGCCUUCUCGUCUCCCUCUGCAUUGCGCGCCGAGGAAGAGACCAUUGUGAUCGAGGUGGGUGCGCGGUAUCUGCGCAUCGGACUGGCGGGCGAUGUGGUCUGCCGAGGCACGGUGGCAUUUGGGCCCGACCAGCAGCGCCGCGUGGGUGAUUUGCGGGUGUGGCAGGAGGACUACCAGUACGACUGGCGGCGAGCCGGCGAGGAUGGUGCAGGACGUACGUGGGACACGGCGUAUGAGCUGUGGCAGAUGGACGUGCGCAACAUUGACGCAGGCUUGAUUUCGGACAAGCUGGAGCGGGCAUUGCGCGAAGCAUUUACAAAGCGAAUGGUGGCUGUACUUCCACCUUCGAUCCCUCACCCAUUAUUGUCUACAACAUUGGACACAAUCUUUGGCCGUUUCCAGAGCCCGAGUGUGUCGUUGUUGUCGGCACCUGUGGCGGCAGCCGUGGCCGCUGGUCUGCGCAGCGCUCUCGUGGUUGACCUUGGCUGGGCCGAGACCGUGGUGACGAGUGUGUACGAGUAUCGCGAGGUGUCGUCGACUAGGUCGGUGCGCGCGGGCCGCCUGUUGAUCCAAAGUGUGCAUGACCUGCUCGCCGGUGUCAUCGCGCCGGAAUAUCAGGAAAAAGAUGCAAAGGGUAGGCCGGUGGCUGCGACGCCAAGUGCGCGUGCAAACCGAGAGCACGUGCUUAGCUUUGAUGAGUGCGAAGAUGUGGCUGCGCGCCUUGUGUGGUGCCGACAAACGGAGAACGGCCCGAGCAAAAACAAUGCUCGGCCGGCCGCGGCUGCACUGCCUACAGAAGGCGUUCUGGCGACCGUCGCCGAGACGGACGAAACGGAAGAGGACGGCCAUUCGACGCGGCCUGGCACUGGAUCGUCGGGUGCCAAUGGCGCCCGUACGACGAGUGUUCCUCUUCGGUCGUGCUCACCACCCAAGACGCUCAGCCUGUCAUUUGACCAGCUCGCCGAGCCCUGCGAGACGACGUUUUUUGGGGGCAUGGGCGAAGGCCUCGACAUACCGGCCAGCUGGGACGACGAGGAGCUCCCGAUACCGCUCCUCAUCUUCCGCCAUCUACAACACCUGUCCGUUGAUGUGCGUGCGGUCUGCAUGGCCCGCAUCAUCUUCGUGGGCGGCUGCACUGGCGUUUUGGGUCUGCGCGGCCGCAUCUUUGACGAAGUCGCUCGCUUGAUUGACGAGCAGGGGUGGGAGGGUGUGCGUGGCAAGGGCUUUGCGCAGUACAAGGCGAGCGCAAAGCUACAGAAAAAGAAAAAGGGCACUCCUAACAGCAGAAAGUCGGGCCGAGACGGCGCCAGCGAUGUCAACGCCAACGCCAAUGCCGACGGAAACGGUAGCCAUCCGAUAUCGCCGACGUCGUCGGCGGACUCAGCUGAAUCUGCAGAUGGCGUUUGGCACGAUGCUGCCAAUGCGCGGCCCGAGAUCGACCCGGUCGAGGAGGAGCUGCGCAAGACACGCAUGCGCAGCGACAGCACCGCACCGGCUGUGUCGGGUGGCCAGCCGCAGCAGCAGGGCCACAUCAACGGCCAAAUGCGGGCGGCAGAGACGCUGGGUGCCUGGAGCGGUGCCAGCCUGCUAGCACAGCUGCGUGUUCCUGCUCUGGCCGUUGUCGACAAGGAGCAGUGGACACAACAGGGCGGCGUCUUGAGCGCGGUACGUCCUAGUGAUGUCGACGCCAAGCAACAGAUGCAGCGGCAGAGCAUGGGCCAUGGCGGCCUCCUACGCAGCGUGGUGGGCGGUGGUUUAGGAGGAGCAUCUGGGUCUGGAACUGCGAGCUGGACGCUCGGAUCUUGGGGUGUUGUUUGA